GAGGUCAGACGGGAGAGGGCAGGGGGCGCUGUGCACUCGGCGGGCCCUCGGAGCGAGGGAGGGCCAGAGCUGGCAUCCGGAAGCAUGGAGGCCGAGGACGGGCAGGAGCUGCGGGUCGGCUCCCUGGUACCGGUCCUGCUGGAGCAGGUGGUGAAUGACACCCUGGUGGUGACUCUGAGCUGCGGGGACAGGAGCUAUACCGGCGUCCUGCUGGACUGCAGCAAGAAGUCCGGAUUGUUCUGUGUGCCACCAGCUUCCGUUCCAAAAAAUGACGACCCACCGUGCAAUAGUUCGUGUAACAGUAUUCUCGGAGAUGCCAAUUUUUUGCACCCUUUAUCUGAAACGCCUAAGCAAGACACUGGUCUCCCUGUAACAAGUAACACUGAUCAAGUUCCUCCACUCCUUCCACCUCCUGGGACUGCGCCAUCUUAUCCUCCUUACUUUGAAGGUGCUCCUUUUCCCCCUCCGCUAUGGUUGAGACACUCAUACAAUCAGUGGGUAGCUCAGCCUCCACCUCGCAACAUGAAAAGGACAAAAAGACGGAUGUCGAGGAACAGGGACCCCGGGCGGCUCAUAAUGAGUACGAUAAGGCUACGGCCUAGGCAGGUCCUUUGUGAGAAAUGCAAAAACACAUUAAAUUCAGAGGAGACUCCUAAGGAUAAACAGAACCUAAGAAGUAGUAGGAGGCUUCAAGGCGAGGAUAAGGAGCCUCAUAAGGUGGAGUCGGAUCCUGAAGAGAAGAAAAUGGAGAAGGAGAGGAGGGAGGAGAACAGUGCCUCUAGAGACUUGGUCCAUAAGAGCCCCACUAAAGACUUGGUGCACAGAAGUCCAGUCAUUAAAAUCUCCUAUAGUACACCACAAGGUAAAGGGGAAGUGGUGAAGAUUCCUUCCCGUGUACAUGGUUCUGUUGAACCUUUUUGUCCAAAUAAAACUCAAGAAAAUGGAAGUGGGGACCAUGACAUGUCGAAGGAUGUAGACAGCUGUCAAACUCCUAAACGUCUGAUGGACAGAUCAACGAACAGUCAGAUGGCUUCCAUUCCAAAGUUAAAGUUAAUUAAGCCAUUGCAUUCCAACGUAGAUGUUCCACCGCCCAAAAUUAGACUAAAGCCCCAAAGGAUUAGUGACGGACAAAGCGUUUCAAUCUAUAAAUCCGAGCUAAUCGAUGAGAUAAAUGUGCUUCAGAACAGCAGGGAAUCUGGAACGGAUUCUUCUGCUUUUUAUAUGGAUGAUGCAGCAGAAAGAAGCUAUCAUGAUGUCUCCUUGGGAAGCUCGGGAGAAGAUGAUGACUUUAAAGGAUUUCCACACAACCAGGAAGAACAUAACUUAAAUCUGCUUGGCAACUACCGCAAAAGAAAAGCUGAUUCUUCGAGUGCAUCCUUGUGUAGUAACGACAGUUUGGAGGAGUCGAAAUCUUCUUCUUUCCUGGAGUUAAACAGGAUGGAUUUUUGUGAUAUGCCAGGCGACGAUAUUUCUGUGUCCUCUUCCAAAGAUGAGCAAAAGACUGUGCCACCGCUAACGGUUAGACUGCAUUCUAAAAGUGUGUCCAAUUGUAUCACUGUCGAAGGAAAGACUAUUUCAGUAGGCGAUAUCGUGUGGGGGAAAGUUCACGGCUUUCCAUGGUGGCCUGCACGUAUUCUAAGUAUUAAUGUGAACCAAAAGGAAAACGGUGAUCCUUCUUGGCAAGAGGCUACGGUCUCAUGGUUUGGUUCUCCUACGACCUCUAGUUUAUCGGUUUCAAAACUCUCUUCUUUCGCGGAAUUUUUCAAACUGAGGUUCAACCGGAAGAAGAAAGGAGUCUACCGUAAAGCUAUUACAGAAGCGGCCAAGGCUACUAGUCACCUGACGCCAGAAAUUAGGGAACUCUUAAUGCAGUGCGAAACGUAACUUCCAUGGCAAAUAAGCGGAUCAGAACACAGCUGUUCCGGAGUUUCCCGACGCCUAUAAACAUCCUGUCAAGCUUCCCUGGAGACUCGUACAGCGGCCGCUCGUCUGCAAGAUGAGCUUUCCAAUCAUCUGUGAAGGAUGGUGGUCGUCACCUGAACGUGGACUAGGAGCCUGGUCACAGAGCUGACACAUGGAGCGCUCCUGGACAUCAGACCACACAUUAAACCCGCUCUGUUACUUUAUAGAAGGGGCUUAGGAACAUUCAACUUAAUUUAUUAAAAUUCUUUUUUUUUUUUUUUCUUUUUUUUUUUUGUGUUUAAACUAC